UUUCUUUUCAACAGCGUUUAUAGAGUGCCGCGUGCGUCUGUAAUUUGGAUUGGUUUGCAGUUGAAUUAAAAAGGAAAACUACACACAUAUAAAAUGGGUUUCAGUCCUCGUGGUGGUGGUGGCGGUAGAGGAGGUGGUGGCGGAGGUUUCCGCGGUGGCGCCGGACGUGGCGGCGGUGGCGAUCGCAGAGGAGGCGGCGGCGGAUUUGGUGGUCGUGGAGGUGGCGGUGGGGAUCGCAGAGGAGGCGGCGGCGGAUUUGGUGGUCGUGGAGGUGGCGGUGGUCGUGGUGGUGGCGGUGGCGGAGGCCGCGGAGCUGGUGGUCGCGGCGGCUUUGGUGGACGCGGCGGUGGUGGUCGCGGAGGCGGCGGCCGUGGUGGUGGUGCAGGCGGCUUCAAGGGCGGCAAAACAGUCACCAUUGAGCCACAUCGUCACGAGGGCGUGUUCAUAGCCCGCGGCAAGGAGGAUGCUCUGGUCACACGCAACUUCGUGCCCGGCUCAGAAGUGUACGGCGAGAAGCGCAUUUCCGUUGAGACUGGCGGCGAGAAGAUUGAGUACCGUGUGUGGAAUCCGUUCCGGUCCAAGUUGGCCGCUGCUAUUUUGGGCGGCGUUGAGAAGAUACACAUGCCACCUGGCUCCAAGGUGCUGUAUUUGGGUGCCGCAUCGGGCACAACAGUGUCGCACGUUUCGGAUGUUGUCGGGCCUGAGGGUCUGGUCUAUGCUGUGGAAUUCUCGCAUCGGUCGGGCCGCGAUCUGAUAAACGUGGCGAAGAAGCGGACCAACAUUAUACCCAUCAUUGAGGACGCACGUCAUCCACACAAGUAUCGCAUGCUGGUUGGCAUGGUUGACACCAUCUUUGCAGAUGUGGCACAGCCGGAUCAGGGUCGAAUUGUGGCGCUGAAUGCGCAACAUUUCCUUAAGAAUGGCGGCCACUUUGUCAUCUCCAUUAAGGCGUCCUGCAUUGACUCCACGGCGCAACCGGAGGCGGUCUUUGCCGCCGAGGUUAAGAAGAUGCAGGCGGACAAACUGAAACCACAGGAACAGCUGACGCUGGAACCCUACGAACGUGAUCAUGCUGUUGUCGUCGGCGUCUAUCGUCCACCGCCGAAGCAGUGAAGUUCUAUUGCGGAGAAUGUGGUUAGGUUUUAAGCUAUAUACAUAAUACUUCUAUUAAUACAGUCGUAUUGUAUUAAGUUUCUUUUUAAAUAUACAACAAAAAUCAAACAAACCAUAGUUAAGUUUAUAAACAAAUGCAAACUAU